AUGGACGUAUUUUGUGCCGUGUUUGGGAUGUUCUUUGUAUUUAAUAUCAUCACCCCUGGAUUCUCUGCAUGUCUGCUGGGCUGCUCCUGCACUAAUGAGAACUUGGGAAGGACUUUGCUCUGCAUGGAAAACCCGAUGGCGCACAUCCCAGAGAACAUCCCUGAUGAUUUUACUAAAAUCCGAAUUGAAAACUGCCACCUGACUGAGUUACCACAAGGCUCCUUCUCUCAAGUUCAUGCCUUAGAGUUCCUCUGGCUGAAUUUCAAUGAGAUCACGCUGAUGAACAUCAAAAGCCUGGAGGGCCUCUCCAACCUGACCGAGCUAAGGCUACAAGGCAACAAGCUGACUUCGAUACCAUGGACUGCAUUUCAGAGCUCACCAAGACUCAAAAUUUUGGACCUGAAGAACAAUCAGUUAGAUGUGUUGCCAGAGCACGCAUUGAGAUACUUGCCUGCACUGACCUACUUAGAUUUAUCCUUCAAUAAGCUUAGCAUCACAUCAAAGGAAGUGUUCACCAAUUGGCCUCUUUACCAAAUAGCUGAGAAAGCGUGGGGGAAAGAAGGUCUGGUCUCCAACGUGGUCUUAGCGUUACAUGACAACCCCUGGUCGUGUGACUGCCGCCUUAAAGGUUUUGUUGAAUUCAUUCAUAAGGUGAGCCCUCCUGUCAUCCUCAUGAACUCUUACUUGAAGUGCUCUGGCCCAGGCAACAAAGUGGACAAAUAUUUCCAUGAGAUCCAGCUGAAAACCUGCAUGAAGCCGGUGGCCUCGGCGGCAGAGUCUAACGUUAGUUUGUCUCUGGGAGCAAAUGCAACACUGACGUGCCUAGUCAAAGCCAGGCCACUUUCAAACAUUCAGUGGCUGUAUCCUCUCAAGAUCAUCAGAGGAUUUGCUUCUACUCAGACUCAGAUAGAUGAGGAGACCAUCACAUCCCAGUUGGUGAUCCCGUCCGUGCACCUGGAAGAUCGCGGACUCUACACUUGCAUGGCGAACAACUUCAUUGGCAACUCCUCUGUUUGUAUCUCACUGAACAUUGAUUCCCCCGUUUCUUCAGCUCCUCUUCCUCCACCUGUACCCAUGCUGUCAUCUAAUGACAGUCCCCACAUUGACAUCCGCAUCGCCAAGCAGACUGUCUAUGGCAUCACCUUGGAGUGGCAUGCCGUGACGGACAAUCCAGCAGAAACCUGGUUCACCAUCCACUUUGGUAAGUACGAUUCACCCAAGAAAGAGAUUAUCUUCAUUGGCCCUGGCAUAAACAGUUACUCGGUCAGCGACUUACUUCCCGUCACCAAAUAUGAGGUGUGCGUCACCCUGAAAAACCAUCCCCCCAGAGAGGGCCAGUGCAUCGUCUUUGUGACAGGUAGCGACAUUAGUCAGCUGGAGCAGAGAGAGAGACUCAUCCACAUCAUUGUCAUUGUGUGCGCCAUGGUACUGGCAGUGCCGGCAGGCAUGUACGCAUGCACCACGGAGCGUAGGUUCAGCUGCGUGGACCGCUGUGUGGAUCUGUGGAAGAAGAGGAGGAGGCAUGCUGAGGACGCAGAGGGAUCAGAAAGGCAGAACACCUUUGACAGCCUGCAGGCAGCCAGCAAUGAAGCCCUGUAUAGGGACUCAGAGGGAAAACAAACAAAGAGGCGGAAAUCAGAAGACAGGUGCAGAGGGGGAAGUGCUGCUCAUCUAUACUAG